ACUAGAAUCAGUUGCCAAGCAAAGAUGGGGGCAGCCGGGAGCUGUGGUUCAGGAAAAGAAGUUUCUGACCAAAUUCCUUCGUUUAAAAUCGUCCUUGUCGGUGACCCAGAGGUUGGUAAAACAAGUAUUUUCCUCCGAUUCAUCAAGAACCAGUUUGAUUACAGUUACCAGCCCAGUAUAUCUGUAAGCAUAGGUAAUGUUGUGCGCAAGGUCAAUAUACCAUAUGAGGCUAUUGUAUCAGUUACUUUAUGGGAUUUACCAGGAAGAGAAGAAAUGGAUCUGCGCAAGAGUUACUACAAGGAUGUGGAUGCAGCCAUGGUGUUACAGUGUCUGCAAAAGAAAGUGACGGAAGCGUUCAUGCAGCUAUACAAUCCCUUGUACGUCACAUGCUCCAACAACGCAGACAACAAAAGAAAGGAAUCUUUUCUGGAGACAAAACUAUUGAGGAAAAGAAGUUUGUUACAUUGAGUCCAUUUGAAGAGGAAAAGAAAGAGUUUGUUCCCCUCCUCGUGGUCAAGAUCUCUGAGUUCGAUGUGUUCUUCAAAGACUGCAAUGAAUCCAUAGAGAGAGUAGAGAACACAAGCAUGGCACUGAUAGAAGCCAUGGCUAAUUUCAAACGAGCUUGUUCAGUAGCUGGAGUGACAAACAGCACUAAAGCAUCACUAGAGGAGUGUAUUGGGGGAUUAAAGGAGCUUAUUAGAACAGACGAUGAUGAGGAUGGACUCGAGGUCCACGAUGAUGGAUGUUACCUCAAGCUUAUCAUCAAAGAGGACGAGGUAAAGAACGUUUCAGGACCCGUAGAAAGAGUUCUUAGGACGUUCCACAAUGAGCUCUGUACAGCGUCCAAGAAAGUUUUGAUUCAAGGUCCUGGUUUACACAACAAACUAAAGGAAAUAGAAGAAAAGAUCAGUACACUUAGAGUGUCUGCCUUUGACCGAGCAAUGGAUGCGGGUUUGUCCCAACGAAGGGCUAAAGCCGCCCUAGCAAACAUCGAUGCGAACUGUAACAGAAUACGGGAAGCUGUUGCAAUGGCAAUGGAAUCGAUGAGUGCUGUGGAGAGUGAUUACAAGAAGAUAAAAGCAGCCAUGUUAUGGUAGCAUAACCACAUCUUGAAGUGGAUGUGUGUUAUGCCGCUCUCGAGUCUUUAUUAAGAAUGACAGUAUGCUUGCGGCUGACGUAGAUGGACUGGCUGGGUGACAGCAAUAAAGGUGCACCCCCACCCCCUCCCCUCUCAAUUCCUUCUCCAAGUCAACCGACAAAAACAGGAGGCCUUUUGAGUGUAAGGAACAUCAAUUUAUUUUCACUCCAAACACCUUGAAGCCAUUUCAGUGUUAUGAACGUCAUUCCAGUCAAUAGACCCGAAAGCAACAAAACAUUUCAACGUUGGUAACGUCAUUUUUCUAUAGACACCAAACACCUGAAAGCCAUUUGAUUGUCAGGAACGUCAUUUCAGUCUAGACACACGAAAACAAAAGGAAGCAAUUUCAAUUUUACUAAGAUACCAAACGCCUGAGAACCAUUAAAAUGCCAGGAACAACAUUUCAGUCUAUAGACCUGGAAGCCAUUUGAGUGUGAUUGGCGUCAUUCCAUACUCAUGGCUCGUUGCUAUUUUGGGAAACUGCAUGGAACUUUUUUUCCCUCGACUUUGCGUGGGUUUAAAGAUAGCAGUUUUCCUGGUCUGUGAUUGGCUUACGAUUGGAAGCCAUUGGAACGUCGUCACGUGACACCCUUUUCCUUCUCUUGCAUUCCGCUCAUUCUUAAACUGAAACUGAAACAUAAUUUAUAAAAACAUGUAAUUUAUUUGCGAGUAAAAUGUUUGGAAUGUGAA